CAUAAACAGGAAAAAUUGGAGAUGACGGAAAGUUUAAAAAAACUGGUUAAAGACAUUCCUGAGGGCGGGGAAGACGAGUUUGUGAUUAUUGUUGUUCCUUUGGACUCUGAGAAGGAAGACAAUGACCCCGUCAGUCAAGCAUUUUUCUAUCGCAAGGAUAACCCUAACAAAAAAAUCCCAAUCACCAAAUCAGAAGAGUCAGGGCAGAGGAUCACAAAGAGGGAGAGGGGAGAGACCUCUGCUGGAGAGCUUGAGAAAGAAUACAAAAAGAAAAAAUUGGAGGAGAUGAAGAAAGAUUUGAAAGACAAACUGAGUAAACGCUUUCGUGAAGACAAGUUUGAAGUUAUUAAUGUCACUUUGGACUAUGGGAUGGAAGACAAUGACCCCAUCAGUAAAGCAUUUUUCUAUCGCAAGGAUAAGCCUGACAAAGCAAUCCCAAUAUCCAAAUCAAAGGUGUCCAAGCUUCUCCCAGAGCACUUUUCUGACGAGAUACUUAGGGUUUACUGGAAGAACCAUGAAGGACUGCAAGAAAAAGAGAGAAAAAAUAAAGAAAAAGAGAUCAAAAAAUUCUUUAGAACCCAGUGCAAGGACUAUGGCUUUGAGACACAGAAUGCAGAAGAGGAUGGUGACAAUGACAGCUAAACUCCAGUACCAGUCGAUCUGAACAUGUGAAAGAUUCAGAUAUCAAGUUUUUGUGUGACUGUAAGGAUUUUAAUAUUUGAAUUUGAAUCA